AUGUCUUCUCCCACUCAAAAGCCCCGCCCAACCCUCAUCAAACCUCCACCUCCUCUCCCCGACGCCUCUCCCAUAGAAACCCUCCUCCAACUGCAUGCAUUAACCGACAUCUCUCCCACCGUCUACACAAACGCCUACCCCCUCUGGCAUCCCCCAGGAGCACGCGGAAUCUUCGGCGGCGCCGCAAUAGCACAGUCCCUUUCUGCGGCACAAGCUACCAUUCCUCCCCACUUCAUCGUGCACUCUAUGCACUGCUAUUUCGUGUUAGCCGGCGACUCGGAGAUACCGGUGAUAUAUGAGGUAGAGCGGGUGCGGGACGGCAAGAGUUUUGUCACCAGGACGGUGCAGGCGAGGCAACGCGGGAGGUGCAUCUUCACCACAACGAUCAGCUUUAUGAGGGAGGGGAGCGGUGGUGAGCUCAAGCUGGAGCAUCAGAGUGGGAUGCCGACGGACGUGGAGAUGCCGCCAGAGGGCAGGGGCAACGCGAGACAGGGGACGGGCAAUGCAUCCAUAGGCGGGGACGACGGGUCGACGCCCUUCGAGAGCGUGAGGUGUAGAGUCUCGAGGGCGAGGGAUGGGAGGCCGGAAGAGAAGAGGACGAGGCAGUGGAUCAGAGCGAGGGGGAGGAUAAGCGAUGGACCUGUAGGAAUUGAAGCUGGAGGCGACACUCUAGAUCAGGGCCAGGGAGUGGUACGGGCGUCAAAAGGAGAUAACCACCAAGCCCACCUCUCUGCGCUAGCAUACAUGUCCGACUCCUACUUUAUCGGCACCAUCGCCCGAGUGCACAACCUCAUUCGAUCCUCCACCCUCAAGAAUUUCCACGGCUCAGACAAGGAAAGAGAGGAGCUGCAGGCCCAUAUGGAGAAGAUUGCAAGCGAAGAUGACGACGAGAAUGCCGCAUUUGACGCCAAUCGGGAUAGAGAGGGAACCUCGCAGAAGCAGAUCGGUAUGAUGGUCUCGUUGGAUCAUUCCAUCUACUUCCAUAAUCCGAGGAAGUUUCGCGCCGAUGAGUGGAUGUUCAGCGAGAUGAAUAGUCCUUGGGCAGGCGAAGGGAGGGGGUUGGUGCUGCAGAGGAUAUGGAGUAAGGAUGGGUUCUUGAUCGCGACGUGUACCCAGGAAGGGUUGGCCAGGUUGAAGCAGGAGAAGGAGAGUAAGUUGUGA